AUGAAAAAGAAUGAAUAUAAUAAUUCUGGUUAGACGGGUUGCGACGGUAGCGCCGUAUCGCGGUGGGAUUCUCAAAAUGUUUGGAAUUAGUGUUAAAUUCGUCGGCCGUAGGUUCACGGUAAGGGGUAGUGAAAAGAUAAAAGGGGAAAGGAAGAGAAGGGAAUAGAACAGAGAAAGAGAGAGAAAUUGGAAUGUAGCGCGCGCGCGCGCGUGCGUGUGUCUUGCUUUGCUUGAGAGGGAUAGAGAGAUAGAAUCGAGUAAUAAGGGAAGGAAAUAGCGGAAAAGCGCAUGCGUUUAGACACGUCGUGUCGAACCGCGACGAUCUUUCGCGAGUAUAGUCCUGCGGAGGAUCGGAAGGACUACACCCUUUAGCGUGAUCGCGAGACGGUGAAUUUGAUCGAAUCUAAUAUUUUGUUCGCUCUCGUUUAACUUCAUCAUCGAACAGACGACGAACAAUCGACAUCGUAAAGAUGAGUCUCCUGUUAGAAGACGAAGAAAUCGACGAAUACAGAGAUGGUUCCGUAAGGCUGAGGAAUCCAAAUAUCGAACUAAUGGAUCAAGAUAUAUUGUAUCAUUUAGCACUUGGCAGUGGCUCCCAUGAUCUCGUGGAAAUGUUUGGCGAUGUUAAGUUCGUUUGCAUGGGUGGCACGCCGAAACGUAUGGAGCAGUUUGCGAAUUACAUUAUGAAGGAAAUAGGUCACAAGAUUCCAGCUGGAACAACCCUUCUCGACAUCAGCCAGUAUUCCUAUCGUUAUUGCAUGUACAAAGUCGGACCAGUGCUUUCAAUCAGCCAUGGAAUGGGUAUUCCUUCAGUGGGAAUUCUUCUUCACGAAAUUAUCAAGCUGAUGUAUCAUGCAAAGGUCAAGGAUCCAAUCUUCUUCAGGAUCGGUACUUGUGGUGGUAUUGGACUCGAAGGUGGGACUGUUGUUAUCACUGACGAAGCUGUAGAUGGGAUGUUGAAUUCUUAUUUAGAACUGCCUGUCUUAGGAAAGAUAGUGAAGAGACCAGCAAAAUUUGAUCGACAAUUAGUUCGAGAAUUAAAAGCUUUGGCUCAUCGUGAUGAUCCUUAUGACACAGUGGUCGGUAAGACCAUGUGUACUUACGAUUUCUACGAAGGUCAGGCUAGAUUAGACGGAGCUUUCUGUGAAUUCACGGAGAACGAAAAGAUGGAUUAUUUAACGAAGAUACACAAAGCUGGUGUUAUUAAUAUAGAGAUGGAAAGUCUCUCGUUUGGAGCACUUGCACAUCACGCUGGCAUUCAAUCAGCUGUAGUUAGCGUGACUUUGUUGGAUCGACUCAAAGGAGAUCAGGUAUUGGCACCUAAAGAAGUUCUAAACGAAUGGCAGAUGCGACCUCAAAUAUUGGUCGCUCGAUACAUCACAAGAUAUCUUCAACGCAAAGGAAGACUUUCUUUAGAGGGUCACGGUUCUAUGUGCGUGAAAAGUCCUCGUCGAUAUAAAUUAGUACAACAAGAGUCUGAGACUUAUGAUUAAAGAGAUGUUUUGUAGAUCAAACAGAGCUAUGCAAGGAAUGUGAGAAAGAGAGAAAAAAGAAAGAGAGAGAGAGAGAAAGAGAGAGAGCGAGAGAGAGUGAGAAGGGAGAGAGACAGGGAGAGAAAGGAAAAGACGAAAACUCAUCGAGGAGAGAAUAUAUAUAUAUAUAUAUAUACGUGUGUAAUAUCAGUUUGCAAAGAAGCUAAACGUGCAUAAGAUGAUAAAAGUACAGUCCAGAGAAACGCACAGUUUUAGGAAGAUAAACACACUAUUUUAUUAAAAC